AAGUUGUUUUCCAGCAGGACUGAUGCAGUUACACCAUCAGUGAAUGUGCGCCUCUAACUUGUCAGCAGUUCUUAACUUACAGAAUUUAAAGAUUGCAGUUAAAACUCACAAUUCUUUGAAUGCAACUCUGGAUAAGGGAUCCUCCCGUAUUAAAGAGCGUUUGUUGAAGUGAACUUGUCUCGUGGAGUACAUUAACAAUCGCCAGCGUCAGGAUGCACGCGAUUAACUUGGACACGUACAGCCUGUCUCUACUCACUGCUAAAGAAGACAUCCUGAAUCCCCGAGCAUCCACUAACUGGGCAUUAUUUGCAUAUGAGGGUGUGACCAACAAUCUUAAACUCUUUGAUUCAGGAGCUGGAGGUUUGACAGAAUUGGUUGGGAAAUUUCACAAUGGCAGGCCCAUGUAUGGACUCUGCAGGGUGGGACUGACAGAAACAGGACAACCUCAGAUUGUCAUGGUCUGCUGGGUUGGUGAGAGUGUGGAUGAAUACCGCAGAACAGAAUGUGCCAGCCAUGUGCCUUCCAUUAAGACAUUCUUCAAGGAGGCCCAAAUAUUUAUUACAGCCUCACAACAAGAUGAGGUGACAGAGGAGAAGAUUACGGCUGCUCUUGCAAAGAUUCAACCACCACUGGAGAGACUGAGGAGACCCUCAAAGGCAAAGGAGCAGGAGGAGACUGUGGGUACAAACUACAGGAAGACAAAUGCUGCCAUGGAGAUGAGACGGAUUAACAGAGACUCCUUCUGGGCACGUGCAGAGCGUGAGGAAGAGCAGAGAAAAUUGGAGGAACGUCGGAGGGCUGUAGAAGACAGACAGCGCUGGGAGAGAGAAAGAGUUCUCCAGGAAAAAAAAGAGUCUGAAGAAAGAGACCGGAAGAUGAAUGAAAAGCUACAAAUGAUUGAAGAGCAAAGGAAAAUUCAGGCUCAGCUUGAUGCAGAGACUAAAAAAGCGGAAAAAGCAAGAUGGGAGCAAGAGCAGAGAGAGCACGAGGAAGACAUGAAGGCGCGACUUAGACGCAGUGAAUCCAUUGAGAAAGCAGCAGAGGCAGCAGCACUUGUUUCUCAGCGUACCAUCAAUGCCAGAGCGUUUUUCAGGCAGCUAUCUGCCUCCUCACAAAACUCUUCCAGACCUGAAUCUCCACAAUCAGUCAAAGCACCUUUUCGUCGCUAUCAGCGCAGUUUGACAGACACAGCCUUCAUCUUUGAGAGGGCCAGCAACAUUUCUGGUCCUACUUCCCCUCUGAGCCCCUCUAUAAAAUCUCCCUUCUCUCGCACCCCAUCCACACCCUUCAAAUGUCCUGCAUCCCCACUCAGUCCAUCCUUCCAUACAAUCCCCUCACCACAGCACCCUCAAACAUCUGCGGCAUCUCCUCCCACAUCACCCAUCCAGCGCUUUGUCCCACCAGUGUCGCCUUUACCCAGUCUGCCUGUCUUUAGACCCCCUCCACCCCUGUCAUCACCACCUAGCCGGCCACCUCCUCAAGCCACAGAUUCAGCUUCACCUGCAUCUCCACAGCUGCUGGGCAAUCAAGAUAUGUCUGAGACAUUCAGCUAUGACAUUAGCAGAGAGCAACUUGCUACUGCACCAGAACUGCCUCCAUUUCCACUCUCUGAUGACACACUGGACGAUAAUGAGCUUGUAAAUGGCUCUCGAAUGCUGUGUGAACUACAGUCAGAAGUUCACUUCAUUGCCAAGACUGUUCUGGUUGAAGAAGAUGAAGAAGAGGUGGAGGAACCAGAGGAACCUUCAGCCAUCUCAGCUACAUCUUCAGUUACCAAGAUCAGCACAGAUUAUGAAGACGCAAUGAAAACAGCAGAAAAACAAUUGGAGCCAGUGGGUGAGAACAGUGUCAUUAGCGCCCUGGAGUGGUCCAAGGAGCAAGAGCUGGAACCAGAGUUAGACUCUGUGGAGGAACCGGAAUUUAAGGAGCAGCAUGCGGUUCAAUUCGAGGAAUUCCAGUCAGGAUUUGAGCCAGCCAGAACUGCGGUUCCAACCUUAGAAGAGCUCUCAGAAGAUGAUGAGGAGGAUGAAGAUCUACUAGAGUACCAAGAGUUCUGUGGGAACACAUCAGAGCAUAAUCUGAUGACCGAAGAAGAUGAAUCGGAACGUGGCAGACCAGUAAACGGUACAGGAGAGGAUGUUGAUGUAUCUGAGCAAAGCACACCUGAGAGGUACUGUUACACCGUUAAUCGUGAAGAUGAAGAUGAAAUCCAGACUGAGUUGGUGAAUGAAAAUGGCGAGUCAUCACCAGAUAGACUUCUUCGUGUAAGAGCUUUGUACGACUACCAAGCAGAGGAUGAAACAGAAAUCUCGUUUGAACCUGGUGACAUCAUCAGUGAUGUAGAAACAAUCGACAAAGCAUGGUGGAGGGGUUCCAGCAAAGAUGGACGCCAGGGUCUCUUCCCUGCCAAUUAUGUAGAGACCAUCUAAAAACGUUUCUACCCCCCUUUUUGUCAAUUCUCAGGGACUUAGAACCCCAAAACCUAGUCAAUGAGGAUGUACCAAGUACUCUGAGACUUGUGUCACAUUAAAAAGGUUUUGGUGUAAAAUGUUCAUAAGCAGAACUUGGCCUUCAAUUCAACAAAACAAUUCGAAACAAGCAGCCGAAGUCAACUAUUAUGACUUAAAUGACCAGCAACUGCAAGACAGUGGAUAAUUCUCUCAUAGUGUGUUAGAAAUGUACACAAAUAUAAUUUACACAUUUCAUCAUUUAUUACUUCACCUUUAUUACCGAGGUGCUAAAUAUUACCAAAAAGGAGGUCAAAAUGUUUAUUGGGGAGCACAAAACUCUAACAGUAACAAAUUAAAUGGCCCUGAGGAUAGUAACUUUGUUUCAGAACAAGUACUCUCAUAGUACCAGUGACAUAUUUUUAAUUGAUUUACAGCCCUAAUUAUGAGACUUGUUGUAAACUGUAUUGACUUAACAUGUCAUGUUUUCUCUAAAGCUGUGUUUAGCAAUGCGAUUGGUUUCUUAAGCCGUUUGCACACUGUACGAUAUUUAGGGUCCUUUACGAUUGUUGCUUGUCAGACAGUACGAUAUGAUCUCCCAGUGAGAUCUUAGGUAAAAGCCAUGGUACACUGAGCGACACUAUGUCAGACUAUAAGAUACACAGCCGUUUCGGUUGACAGCACUGACUGGGAGUUUUAUCUGGCCAUCAAAAGAGAAGUCAGAUUGUGCUACAGUGGCACAAAAUUUCUGACACUGUAAGAACUUUGUUGGAGGCUCAGAUUUAUUGCCAAGGCAAUUAACAUGUCAUGCUAAGAGAGUAAAGACAGCCAAUUUUGCUGUACAAGAAAUUUUUUUACAGUGCCCAAAAUUGGUCUCAGUUGGGAAAAUCUUGGCCAUAAUUGUAAAGCGUAAACCUUUAAAUACAAUACAAGUCAUUGUUAGAGACCAGUAUGUUAAAAUUUUUAGUCAAAUAGUCACAUUUUAUCUUUAGAAAUAUGGGUUCAAAAUAGUGGUGUGAAUGAACCAAACUUGGUAAGGCCCAUAAUCCUUCUCUCCCAACAUUGUGCCCCAGAAAAAGGCACAUCACAUACUGUAAAUUGUUAUUGCAGUUGCAUUAUCUUUGUUCUUUUAAAAUGUUGCCUUGAAUCUUCUCUCUCCAAAAUUAAAUUUUUCCAAAUGUUCACUAUUGUGUAAAUACUAUAAAAUACACAUAUUUUUGGUUUUCUAUGUAAUUUAUUUAUCUCUGACAUGCAAAUAGAUAUAUUUCCUCCUAGUGAGGGUCUGCUGAAUCCUUUUAACCCUUAUAUCUUCCAUGGAUAUCAGUAGACAAAGUUCAGUGUAUGAAUGCAGUAUCAAGCAAUACAGCAAUCACGCAAUUCAUUUAGCUUGCUCUAUAUCUCUUAUUUCUUACCUCUUAUCUAAUACUGUACCUAAAUGAUUUUCUUUUUUGCUUUUCACAUGCUGCAUUAAUGAUUUAUAUUCUUAAUGUCCUGCAUAGUCAGUAGACUGCUUACAUAUUAUUUUGAGUAUCAUGGAAUAUCAAAUAUCAAGAAACCAUUAUUCAAUACAUGUAUAUUCAUGCAUGAGGUAAAAUUAAAGGGAUUAAAGGCAUACACUUUACUGGGUCAUACAAAUUUUUGUCAUAAUGAGUUUACCAUCUUGAAUAUUUAGCUAUGUGUACAUUGUACCUUUAUAUUUGUAAUUUUCUAUUAAAGUCAAUUGACACUCGCACUGCAAGAAUUAAAAGAGAGCUACACAC